AUGGCUGAGGAGGAAUUUGAGAUCGACGUCUAUGGCGACGCAGCCAAUGAUCAAGGUGGCGACGGUCUCGGCGACGUCGACCAACCGGCCUACGACAGAGAGGAUUCGCGGGACGCGAAUGGCGAUAACCGCCACGACGACUACCGUGACGAGAGAGAGGAGACGAUGGAUGACAGCCAGGACCAUCGCCGAUCGUCCAGCCCUGCCACUCAGCAGCAGCAGCAGCAAUCCCAGCGUCCUCAGCAAGGCGUCAAGCGAAAGGAGGGCUCCGAUGAGCGACCCAUAGAUCCUGGUGCCACCAAUGCCAUCCUGGUCAAUGAACUGAACUGGUGGAACACAGACGACGAUAUUCGAGGCUGGGUGCGACAAGCUAACUGCGAGGGCGAGCUGAAGGACAUAACCUUCAGCGAGCACAAGGUCAACGGAAAGAGCAAAGGGAGCGUGUAUAUCGAGUUCACAUCGCAACAGGCUGCUACGGCCACAAAGCACCUGAUCGACAGCACGCACAGUGAGCAACCUGGUCAAAAGAAGAAAACCGUUAUUUACUCCAGCCCAACCACCAACCCUUUCCGCACGCUGCCCAAGGACGCGCCCAACCGUGCCACCAAGGAUGUCCAGGGCCGAGUGCCUUCAGGUCCUGGCUACAGCGACCGUGGCUCAAACUUUGCGGGCAACAACAAUAACAAUAACAACUUUGGCGGGGGCUUCCGCGGCCGGGGUGGGUUUAACGGCCCUCGAGGUGGCGGCAUGAAUCAGGGAUUCUCCCGGGGUGGCUUCCAAGGCAAUAACAUGAAUGCCUUCAACAACAACAAUAUGGGUUUCAAUAACCCGAUGGCCGGCGGUGGCUUCGCUGGAGGCGGCUUCAACAGAGGCGGCAUGAUGGGCGGCGGCAUGCGCGGCGGAGGCGGCAUGCGCGGCGGCAGGGGCGGCGGCAUGAACGGCAUGAUGGGCGGCAUGCCCAUGGGUGGAAUUCCUAUGGGCGGCAUGCCCGGAGCCAUGAGCGGCAUGGGUAUGAUGGGCGGCGGCAUGCCAGGCUUCCAAGGCAUGCCAGCCCAAUUCAACCCGGCUUUCUUCGGGGGCGGCAACCAGGGCAACGACUGGCAGAACCCACACGGCACGAAACGAGCUCGGGGCGAGUAG